AAACUUUAUAAAUGGACUUUUACUACUUCUCUUUCUUCUUUCAGGUUGUCGAGUCUUAAUGGCAGCUGUAGACAGCUUUCCUCUUUUAUAUGAAGAGGUGGCAAGGUGUUGUCUCAACUACUUUGAGUUUCUGGCGGUGGUGGGAGCUCUGUACACAGCAAGGAAAGGCAUCAGCAUUUUGCACAAGUGUUACAGUAUUGUUAGUCUACAUGUCACUCCACAUAUCUACAGACGGAGAGACCUGGUCAAGCAGUAUGGAGAGUGGGCAGUUGUCACUGAAGCCACUGAUCUCAUUGGAAGGGCAUAUGCAGAAGAGCUGGCGAGGCGUGGUCUGAAUAUUAUCCUGAUCUGCAGUAACAAAGAGGAGCUACACAAUAUCUCAGAGGCCAUAUCUGGAACAUAUGGUGUUAACACCAAUCCUAUUCAUGCUGAUCUCAGCAAGGGCCACGAAGCAUACCUUUCCAUUAAGAAGGUUCUGAGUGAUUUGAAUGUGGGCAUUUUGGUUAACAAUGCCAUGGUGUUGUGUGAAUAUCCCCAAUGUAUUAUGGAUAUUCCAGAGGAUAAAUUAUGGGACAUCAUCAAUGUCAAUGUUGCUGCAGCUGUCAUGAUGGUGCGUAUAGUGGUCCCGGGCAUGGUUCAGAGGCAGAGAGGAGCCAUUGUCAAUGUCUCUCCUGGAACUGGAUCUCGAUAUAGAGAUGUUACACAGAUAGCUGCAUCCAAGGUCUUCUUGGACAAAUUCAGCAAAGAGCUUCAGAGUGAGUUUCGGUCCAGUGGAAUAUUUGUGCAGUUGCUAACUCCUUUGUGUGUGGCAGACAAACAUGAGCCAUCUGCUGGGAUUUUACGUAAGCUGGCGUUUUUUAUCCCAUCAUCCGAUGUUUAUGCACGACAUGCUGUAAGAACACUGGGAGUCUCUUCCUGGACCACCGGAUACUGGGCCCACUCCUUGCAGCUUUUUGCAUUCCGAUGGGUACCUGGCUGGAUGUGCACAUCAGUAGGAAGAGUUAUUCACCACUGAAGAUACAAAGCAACUUUAUUACUG